AUUGCGCUGUUCUCUGUGCGCAGCCAGUCUGCGCGUAAAAAAGAGAGAAAGAAAAAAACCGUUUUGCGCGCGGCGCCUUGUGCCGUUUGAACUUCUCUACUCCGCUAAUCUCGGUCGCUCCCCGGAGACGCCGCCAUCGAUACUGCGCGCUUGCCAAUUCUCACUCGUUCCAGCAACGUUGCCUGGUUUUUCUGGUCGCAUGGAAACAAAAAAGUGUGCGCCGCUGAGCGCGCUCUGCGCUGCAGAAGCGUUUCCAGCGCGCGCCGCGCUCGCAUCCGGAGCGGCUCGUUUAUUACGCGCAAGUUUUAACCAACUGCGAGAGGAAACCGGUGGACAUCAACCGAGAUGCUGAUCAGCUUUGGGGAUCUGCUUUAAGAGAAGAGGCGCGCACGACAGGAAAAGGAAGGAAAACGCGACAAAAAACGGUGAGAAGCUCAACCAUCCGGGAGGGACUCAGAGUAGAGCUGCUGCUUCUUCUCAUCGAAAAGAGCCAGAUGAGGCGGUUCGGGCAUCUGAUGAGGAUGCCCACUGGUCAUUUUCCUAGGGAGGUCUUGCAGGCAUAGCCAACUGGGAGGAGGUCCCGGGGAAGACCGUGAACAUGCUGGAAGGGUUAUGUUUCCCGGCUGGCUUGGGAAUGCCUUGGGAAAAAUUACAGGAGUUGACCUGGAAUAGGGAAGUGUGGGAUGAGCUGCUUAGUCUGCUGCUGCCAGUGGUGGGCACAGUUCAGCUAAUCCGAUAACAGACUCUGCAGGUACUGGGGAGGUUGAUAAGGCCUUCACCUUCAUAACCCAGGUGGUCCUCCUUGGAACAUGCCCAUAUUCCACAAUGCCCCUGUUGACAGACUGGCUCCUGCGCCACUCGGUGGUCAUGUGUUUGCUGCUGCACAGUCUGGUAUUAAUGACAUUCUGCUUCCACAAUGCUGCCACCAGUUGCUCCAAGAGUUGCUACUGCUCUGAGAGCGAAGGCGAUGGCAAAACGGUGCGCUGCAGCAACCUGCAGCUAACAGAAAUCCCCCAGGACAUCCCAAAUGACACAAGACGUGCCUACCUGGACUUCAACCUUUUCACAACAGUUCCAGCUAAUGCUUUUGCAGGUUUGCCCCACUUGGUUGAACUGGAUCUAUCGCAUAAUGAGUUAAGCCAACUAGAACCAGGGGCAUUUAGAGGCUUGGGAUCCUCGCUAAAGUUCCUAGACCUUUCUUCUAACAAAUUAGUAAACUUCAACCCUGAAGCUUUCGAAGGUUUGCGGUGUCACACCAACCUGACAAACAAUCUGUGGCACUGUGACUGUAACUUACAAAUGGCAAUGCCCCAUGUGGACCUGGAACCAACGUCACUGGCAGGCAUUGUGUGCCAGACUUCAGAUCCAAAGGAAAUAGGUGUUGAAGGACUUGCUUUUCUGCUGACACCAGACAUAGAUCUAUGUGUGGUAAGGACUACAGAUGUGGCCUUGUUGGUCGUCAUGUUUGGCUGGUUCACCAUGGUUAUCUCCUACCUGGUCUAUUAUGUUCGGGUUAAUCAGGAGGAUGCCCGUAGACACCUGGAGUAUCUGAAGUCAUUGCCCAGCAGGCAGAGCAAGUUGGAGGAAUCUUCUACCAUUAGCACUGUGGUAUAAAGCUGGUAUAACUACACGUGGGACCUGAUGGUGUGACCAGGAUGGAGCUAAAACCUGCAUGGACUCUAUAUCACUCUCAGACACUUGUGUCUAACUGUUGUCAUGGAGCCAAGGUGGGCAACAAGACAAGAAAACCAACUAUACCCAGAUGAAUAAUUCAUCCAUCAGAGGCCUAUUUUGAGUUUUUGUUGGCUGGGCUGAGGGUCUCCUCUACUCACUAAAGGAACAAAAGCAACAGCAUGUUUUCAGUGAACUCCAAAUAUGGGAUAUAAAUGGGAUUUAUCCAUUGGUGCAUGCGCCAACGUGUACCUUGUUGACAUGCACACAAGUCAGGAGGCAGAAUCAACUAGCAAUAUGGACAAUAUGUGGGAAGGUGGCAGGAAUGUUACUGGUGUAGAAAUCAUCCAUAAGGUAUUCAGUCACUCGUAUAUUAAGAGUAAAACAAUGUUUUACACUGAAA